CCGAACCCUGCCCGCAAAAGCCGGGUUUUAAAAUCAGCCUGUCGCCAUUACAACUAAAAUAUCGGGUCGGGAGGCCGGUUUUGAGAAGAACGGAUUUUAAAAACAAUUUCUCCAUUUCACCUGACUGUCUCGAUGGAUUCUGAAGAUAUUGCCCGGUUGACUGAUUCUCUGUCCAGAACUCAAGUGGGCUGCAGUGGGGAGCUCAGCUAUAAAGGAAGGGCGCUAAAACUGGACGAUGCAGAGGCUGCGAGGGAGCUGGUUCAGGAGAUCGAGGGCUUUGAGGGGCUGCAGGCUCUGAGACUCGAAGGAAACACGAUUGGAGUCCAGGCGGCUGAGGCCAUCGCCAGAGCGCUGGAGAGCAAGAGAGACCUGCAGAGGUGCCACUGGAGUGACAUGUUUACUGGUCGCCUGCGCUCUGAGAUCCCGUCUGCACUGAUAUCUCUGGGUCAGGCUGUCAUCAUGGCUGGAGCCUGCCUCACUCACUUGGAUCUCAGUGACAACGCCUUCGGUCCGGACGGGGUGCGAGGGAUCGAAACUCUGCUCCAGAGCGCCUCCUGCUUCUCUCUGAGGGAACUGCGGCUCAACAACUGCGGCAUGGGGAUCGGGGGGGGCAAGAUUCUGGCCUCCGCUCUGAUUCGGGGUCACUCCCUCUCCAGCGCUCAGGGGACGCCCCUCAAACUGAGGGUGUUCAUCGCAGGGAGGAACCGGCUGGAGAACGAGGGGGCGAGUGCCCUGGCACAGGCCUUCCAGGUAAUGGCGAGUCUACAGGAGGUCCACAUGCCUCAGAAUGGUAUAAACCACGCUGGUGUCACCGCGCUGGCUUCAGCGAUGAAAGAAAACUCAGAGCUGCGCGUUCUCAACCUCAACGACAACACCUUCACCAAGAGAGGGGCUAUCGCCAUGGCAACGGCUCUGAAGGAUCUUCACAAUGUGGAGGUGAUUAAUUUCGGGGAUUGUCUGGUGCGUUCAGAGGGGGCUGUUGCCAUGGCGGAGGCUUUGAAAGAGGGGCUCCCCAACCUCAAGGAGUUGAAUCUCUCGUUUGGGGAGAUUAAGGAGGACGCUGCCCUCGCUGUCGCCCGGUCCGUGAGCCACAAAACCCAGCUGAGCAAACUGGACCUCAACGGUAAUUAUCUGGGGCUAGAGGGCUGCGAGAUCCUGAGGGAGGUGAUGGGGUCUCAACACAUGGAUCACGUGCUGGGAUCUCUCAGUGAUGAUGAGGGCGAAGGAGACGAUGAUGAUGAUGAUGAGGAGGAGGAGGAAGAGGAGGAGGAGGAGGAGGAGGAGGAGGAGGGAGAGAAGGAGGAAGGAGAUAAAAUGCCAGCCCCACCUGCCAGGGACCCCACUCGGGUCUCUACUCCAGCGUCCACUCCGGUCUCCACUCCGGUCUCCACUCCGGUCUCCACUCCAGCGUCCACUCCGGUCUCUGCUCCCACUCCCCCAGCCGCCACUGAAGUCUCCACUUUCCUGGCUUUCCCCUCCCCAGAGAAACUGGUCAAACUGGGAGCCAAGCGAUCGCUGCUCUUCGAGCAACAGGUCGAUUCUACGGAUGCGAGAAAGAUUGCUGACGCGUUCUUAAAGAUCGCCUCCGUAUUGAAGGUGGAGGAAGACGUCAAAAGAGCGGUGCUAGACACAGUCGAUGGUCUACUGAAGAAAGCCUUCAGCUCCCAGUGUUUCCAGUCCGAUGUGUUCAUCACCAGUUUACUGGUCUACCUGGGACUGCUCAAGAGUGAAGACAAGUUGAAGCCGGUUCGCGCCGUCCCGGCUCACUUCCUGACCCUGGAGCACUGUGUCCAGCAGGAUUACUUCCCGAAAAAUCAGCUGCCGAUCCUGGAAGUGUUCCUGAGCCAGAGGUCCAAACUUAUCCCAGAUUCCUGUAAAACUGCCCGGUACAAACUUCGUCAAACUCUGAACAGCUUAAUAUAAUAAAGAAAAACCUUUACCCCCCCUCCCCUCUCCUCCUCCUCCCUCCCUCCCUCCUGCUCCUCCUCCUCCCUCCUCCCUCCCCCCCUCCCCUCUCCCCUCUCCCCUCUCCCCUCUCCUCUCUCCUCUCUCCUCUCUCCUCCCUCCCCCCUCCUUAUCCUUCCCCUUCCCUCCUCUCUCCCCCCCUCUCCUCCUCCCUCCCCUCUCUCCCCUUCUCCUCCCUCCCCGCUCUCCCUCCCCUCUCCCUCCCCUCCCCAGAAAUAAAGACUGCUCACAAUUCUCUCUCGUCCAUUCAACUGCAUCCCACUGAAAAAUCAAGCAUAGAAAUUAUACAUGUUUGAAGAAACUUCAUCAAAAUACGGGUCUAAAUAUAUGCGCUGGGCAAAACUUUUGACGACAUCACCCUGUAGAAUGAACAUGCUGGCUCUGACUACGGCUCCCAGCAUGCCUCUGCACCCGCGGCCAUGGCGAGGCAUGCUGGGAGCCGUAGUUCUUUAUGCUGUGGUCUCGUAUCACAAGCGAUACAGACCUCUAUUACGAUACAUCAUGUACAGAUGUGGGCAAAAGUUUAGCAGCAUCACCCUCUAUAUAGAAUGAACUGAUUCAGCUUCAUAGAGUCCAAUGAAAGCUGCUGAAUAAUGUUCCCUUGUUAACAUAUUGAAUUCCACCCCCUCUAUAUAGAAUGAACUCCCUCAGCUUCAUAGAGUCCAAUGAAAGCUGCUGAAUAAUGUUCCCUUGUUAACAUAUUGAAUUCCACCCUCUAUAUAGAAUGAACUGAUUCAGCUUCAUAGAGUCCAAUGAAAGCUGCUGAAUAAUGUUCCCUUGUUAACAUAUUGAAUUUUCUCACCUCUUAUUAGCUUUAUUAACAGGAUCGCUGGUCCCUCCCUUUAAAGGAGCGCUGACCAUCUUUAAAAUCCAUUCUCUCACCUCUUAUUAGCUUUAUUAACAGUAUCGCUGGUCCCUCCCUUUAGAGGAGCGCUGACCAUCUUUAAAAUCCAUUCUCUCACCUCUUAUUAGCUUUAUUAACAGCAUCGCUGGUCCCUCCCUUUAAAGGAGCGCUGACCAUCUUUAAAAUCCAUUCUCUCACCUCUUAUUAGCUUUAUUAACAGGAUCGCUGGUUCCUCCCUUUAAAGGAGCGCUGACCAUCUUUAAAAUCCAUUCUCUCACCUCUUAUUAGCUUUAUUAACAGUAUCGCUGGCCCCUCCCUUUAAAGGAGCGCUGACCAUCUUUAAAAUCCAUUCUCUCACCUUUUAUUAGCUUUAUUAACAGUAUCGCUGGUCCCUCCCUUUAAAGGAGCGCUGACCAUCUUUAAAAUCCAUUCUCUCACCUCUUAUUAGCUUUAUUAACAGCAUCGCUGGUUCCUCUCAGGGCUGAUGUGAGUCACAUUUCAGACACAAUGUAUUUUUUAAUCUUCAGGGCUGCUCUGUUGUCUGGGAGACUGUGUUCUGUUUUUCUUCUAGAAUCUGUUACUUCUCAGAUGUAUAUAUUGAUUAUGGAUUUGUUUGUACAUUCCUGAUUGUGUUUUUGUUCCUGCUCGCUGGCAUCUCAAUAAAACUUCAAUUCAGGAUUAAAUUUUUUUUAAAAAAAU